AUGGUUGCGGCCAUCUCCGACAUGAAGGACUUCGAAACCAUGGCAGUGGCGCACUUCGACGCUUGGGUGGCUUUUGGGCUUGUCCUCGCAACUUUCCAUUGGCGGACUACCUGGGCGGAUGCCUUCUGCUUAGUUCAAGAAGGCCUGCACUACUUGCGGCCGGCGGGCUCUUCCGCCGGCGGCUCGGUCAAGCGUGUCAACGAAGCCAUGGAUCGGAUGAGAGAGGAGAGCUACGUUGUGACGGCACGGUUGGCGCAGCAUCUCAACGUGGCUUGUGUGAUUUCGGUUCCUUUGGUGUAUGACGGAGACAUCGUAAUCUUUGUGGGCAUGAUGUUUGUCAACCUCUCGCUUUACAGCAUGCAUUGGUUGCUUUCUACUGGACGACUUCAUCUCUCAUGCAGAGGUCUCCGUUGUCUCUUUGGCUUCUUCUACCUGCUUCUGCUCGCGUCCCACUGGAUUGGUCCACAGUCCUACGGUGUGGAGGCAUCCUCGCAUCUGAGAGCUUUAGAGGCCUCCCAGAUGAUCUCAAUCCUUGUGUUUGUGGACGGUGGUACCCAUGUUUGUGGUCAGCUCGUUUUGGCUCUCUCGGAGGUGUGCCGGCAUGUCCUGAACCAUGGUUGGGAGCCCAUGGCACUGGUCCUGACCAUCCAUGGACAGCUAAUCUUCUCGGGGCUACUCGUCAUUUCCGCCAUCGUGCUUGAGUUUACUCUCCGGGGUUGCGUGGCCGCACAGUUUCAACACUCUGAUGCCGAGUCUUUGGUUUCAAGCUUCCGCACACUCUUGCGUGGCAUCAGUGAUGCAGAGUUGCUGUUGGACGACAAGCUUCGGAUUGAAGCGAGCACGGGUUUGAGUCACAUUCUGCUGUCAGGGAAUGCGUGGGAGGGUAUCGCAUUUCAGCAGCUGCUUUCGCAGGACAGUGAGGAGAAGCUGCGAUUCCAAAGCUUUAUCUCAAGAGAGCGAGAGGGCGACAAGCAGACGGAGGCAACUCCGUCUUGUCUGCGCGUGUCUCUUCAGACCGCGCAGCAGCAACGUGUUGGUGUCGACCUGUUCCAUGUGCAAGUGCCGCGCUUGUAUGGCUGCACGGAUGCCUAUCAUCUGCUUGCCAUGAAGAUGGAUGCAGAUUCAAUUGUGCCGCCAGAGGCCGCGCCGGCGCAGAAUCCUCCUGUGACCUUGAGGAGUAUGAGUUCCGUCGGCCAUGCUCCUCGCUCCGCCAGCUCCCAGACACCAUCCGAAGGAUCCUUGCUGCCGAGCUUGCCACACUUGAGUGAGCUCGUGUUGGUAGUCGAUGGGCACCAGCAACAGGAAGUAGUUCAAGUGCACGUGCAAUACAUACAGCCCCAGCGACCCCGACGAGAAGAAGAAGGCAACCUGAGGAACCCAGCAGAGACCUUCCCCACCUUGCGGCAGUUCGUUCGACCCACGGAGCGGCAGUCGGUGAGCUCCCAACUUCACCAGUUUGCCACCCGGGUGAGGUCGGGAAACUUGCAUAAUGGCAGCCUGGGUAAGGUAUGGAUCAGGAUGCUCGACAACCCCAGGAAGUACAUGCAAGCGCGACACUCCUCUCUGAGCUUCCGAGACAGGGGAGCGGAAGGACAGGUAUGGGUGCAUCUGCAAGACUUCCGAAAUUCGGAAGAGCGUGGCCACCGGCCAAGUGAGCUAGGAGAGGUCAGCGAAGGUUUGGACGAAGAGCAGGCCCACCCAGGCGAGCUUCUCAACAAGCUCUCGGCGGUCCUACCGAUCGACAACCUACGCCUCCGCCUGACCACGCCCUUCGUGAGGCAGAAGCAGGCGGUCUUCGUUGCGGAGGAUUGGGGGCCCUGUGCCAGGGGCCUCGCCUGCGUUGCAACGCGCUUUCCGCUGCGCUACCGCCAGGACAAUGUCUCUAUCGCCCUGCUUCCAGAGCUUUGCUCGGGACUCAUGCCCAGGAUGGAGGAGCCGUGCCCAGUUGACCUCAUCCCACCUGAGUGUGGCUGGACCAUUGGAAGCUGGUCACCGUGCUUCUCUUUGCCACCUGCCGAGGUGACAGACAACACGACCGAGCAGUGCAAUGCUACCGGCAUGGGGAAGCAGUACCGGGGCGUAUCUUGCUUAUCCUCGGGCAGCGUGCCGGAAGCCGAUGAGUGCAAGCUGCCUCGACCCUCAAGGGAUCGGUCUUGCCGUUGCAUCUCCAGCCAGGUGUCGCAACUCUCGCUGCUCGACCAGGGCAUUGGGGACUCCAGCGUCCAGGUGGCAUCCGCAAGCAUGACGCUGGUGGGCGUACUGACGGCCUGCGUGCUUUGCACCUGCAUCUCCUUCGGCUGCUUCCUAAUGACAAGCCGGAGGUCUACGACAGUGAAGAAAGCAGAUGCCCUGGCUGAGUUCGAUAGUUACGUGCUGACGAGCAAGGAGAAGCAAUACAAGCAGCGCGUCGCACCAGCAGCACCUGCCCAGGACGACCCAGACGGCACCUUUGGCAUCCCCCUGUUCUGUUUCCUCCGUGGCUUCUCAGCCGGUGAGAGUGUCACCCCUGCCAUCGCCUUCCACUCUGUCCCGAGGUCAAUUUCCUCCAUCAGCGCUGUCCUGCAGUCGCCUGCGCAUUCCGCCGGCUAUGGCUCAGGCGCAGCAGAGUCUGGCGAAACAGUGUCCGGCCUGCACUUAGUUUGGAGCACGGUUCCCACGGUAUCCUGA